AUGCAUCCGGAGAAAUCACCUGGGAAAGACGGCUUAAAUCCUGCUUUCUUUCAAGCAUAUUGGUGCAUAGUUGGAACUGAUGUGGUUCGAUUCUGUCAGCACUUUAUGUCUACAGGAGAGCUCCCAAAUGGAGUUAAUCAAACAUUGGCGUGUUUAAUUCCGAAGGUUAAAGCGCCACAAGCCAUGACUGAUCUAAGACCGAUUUCAUUAUGUAAUGUUCUUAUUCGUAUACUCUCUGAAGUCCUGGAAAAUAGAUUGAAACCUUGCUUGAAAUCAUUGAUCUCUGACAGACAAAGCGCAUUCAUAGAAGGGAGGUUGUUAAAUGAUAAUGCUCUGGUUGCCUUUGAAGUAAACCACUAUAUGAGAAGACUGACUCAGAGAACUAAAGGCAUAACAGGUUUCAAAAUGGACAUAUCCAAAGCAUAUGAUAAUCUGGAGUGGAACUUUACUCAGAAUGUGAUGCUGAAAUUUGGAUUCUCUAAACUGUGGAAUUCAAGAGUUACGGGGUCAAUUCAGUCUCAUAUAGCUUCAUUCGCAAUGGUAAUAUCUUUGGUGAUAUUACUCCGCACCGGGGAAUCUGUCAAGGUGACCCAAUAUCUCCAUAUUUAUAUAUUAUGUGCGCAGAGGGGCUUAGCUCUAUUAUUCGAUGGAAUGAAGAGGGCUACAAAGACAGAAGCAAACAUUAUGAAGAGGAUCGGAUGUAGGUAUGAGAGUAUAUCCGGGCAAAUGAUAAAUUAUGACAAGUCAUCAGUCACCUUCUCAUCAAAUACAACUGCAGAUAACAGAAAAGAAGUUUGUGAGCAGUUGGGAGUCAAUGAAGCCCAGAAUCCGGGCAGAUACUUAGGGAUGCCCAUGUAUGUAGGAAGGCGAAAGGUUGCAACCUUCUCAUUUCUGUCUGACAAAAUUUCCAAAAAAUUACAGGUGUGGCAGAAUCAAACCUUGUCUAAGGCAGGAAAUGUGACUCUGCUGAAAACGGCAGCUGAAGUUGUUCCAAAUUUUUGGAUGAGUAUGUUGUUGAUUCCUUUGGAGGUGUGUGAUAGGAUUGAGAAGAGUAUGAAAGCGUUCUGGUGUGGGGAUGGUAGUUCUGUAAGGGUAUAA